AUGGCUAUGACAGAGUACAUCCAUCUCUGGUGGCUCGCCACAGCCAUUCUCAUCGUGCCAGUUCUGGGCUUCCUGGUUCAUGAUGAAGUCCUCCGCAGGCGGAUGCCGCCAGGACCACCACCGACCCCCUUCAUCGGCAACACCAAGAGCGUCCCAGCACAGUAUCCAUGGAUCAAGUUUCAGGAGUGGUCCAAAAUCUACGGCGACAUCUACACUGUCUGGUUUGGACGGCGGCCCACCGUCAUCAUCUCAGACCCUCACGUCGCCGUCGAGCUCAUGGAAAAGCGCAGCCAAAACUACAGCUCUCGACCUCGAUUCGUGGUCAUGGGUGAGAUCUAUUGGGAAAUGGCCUCCAUCCUUGUCCAGCCGUACAACAAGGAGUGGUCGAUACGUCGGAAGCUUCUGCACUCGGCCCUCACGCCCCGCGCCCUGCAGAACUACAUCCCCGUGCAGCAAGCCGAAGCCUGCCGCCUCUGCUUCCAGCUACUCGCCCGCCCCAACGAAUGGGAGCAAUUACUCGAUUGGAUGACGGCCUCGAUCGUUUUCUCCGUCUCCUACGGUCACCGCAUCGACAGCAUGGACAGUCCCGUCAUCCGCGAGCGCAUGAGCAUCAUGCACUACAACGCAACACUGAACGUUCCCGGGCGGUUUCUGGCCGAAUCCUUCCCCGUCCUCAAGCACAUGCCGCUGUGGCUGGCACCCUGGAAGCGCGAGAUCAAGCGCCACGGCGCCAUCGAGGCCAACGCCAACAUGCGACUGACCGACUACAUCAAGCACGAGAUGGAGGAGGAAAAGCGCACGGGCCGCGAGAUCCCCAACAGCCUGUGCAAGCAGCUCCUGCAACGGCGCGCCGCCGACCCAGAGUCCUUCGCCCUGCUCAGCGACCGCGACUUCAGCUUCAUUCCCUCCUCGCUGUUCGGCGCCGGCGCCGACACGACCGCCUCGUCCCUCUGCUCCGCCCUCCUCGCCCUCGUCACACACCCGGCCACCCUCGACGCCGUCCACGCCGAAAUGGACGCCGUCAUCGGCCCGGACCGGCUGCCCACCUUCGCCGACGAGCAAGAUCUGCCUUAUCUGCGUGCUUUGUGCAAGGAGGUCCUGCGCUGGCGGCCCGUGGCCGUGCUGGGGGGCACGCCGCACGCCACCACCGCCCGCGACGUCUACCGCGGCUGGUACAUCCCGCAGGACACCAACGUUCUGGGCAACACCUGGGCCAUCAACCACAACGAGCGCUACUACCCGAACUCGCACCACUUCAACCCUUUGCGCUUCCUGGACGUCGAGCCGACGAGCUUGCCCUACCUACCGCAGACCUACGUGCAGGGCACGCCGCCGGAGAAGGGGGAGCCGCACCCGUCGAAACUCGGGCACUCGAGUUUCGGUUGGGGCCGUCGGAUCUGUCCUGGCGCGGACCUCGCGAUGAAUAACCUCUACAUCGCGCUGGCGAGGCUGCUGUGGUGCUUCGACGUGCGGCCGUUGAAAGGCGUCGAGUAUGAUGUGUGGGACUAUGUCGGCGGCUUCAAUAUCCGACCAAGGCACUUUGAGUGCGACAUCCGCAUCCGGAGCCCACGGCAUGAGAAGGUGCUGCGGGAGGAGUAUGUGGAGGCCAGGGCGUUGAUGGACAAGUUCCCCUUGUUCAGAGAGGAGGAGAAGGUCUGA